CUCACAGUCUGUUUGCUCUGCACCCUCUCCGACCCUUCUCCCUCUUGUCUCACUUGUCAGACUUUCCGAAUAGCCAGAAAGAUCUACUUUCUCUUUCUUUUACAAAGGAUAUCUGCACUUCGUUUCAGCAUGGCUGAACGCACAAUUCCUCACGCAUACCCUAUGAGCGUUAAUUAUGAGAUGUGCACACCUGCUCGGAUAUAUGACCAGAACUUUGCAGAAGCGUUAAGUCCUCAGGACCUGAUGGCUCCGGUGCUGUACCAUGGAUACUACAUACGUCCCCGUAUCAACAAACAGCUGGAGAGAGGCUUCUCACAGGUGGACAGCGAGGACGACUGGUACCGUGUUCUACUAGAUGUCUGUCAAUUCAUGCCGGCUGAGUUGAGUGUGCGAACUGUGGACAACCUAUUAGAGGUGACAGGGCGCCAUAGUCAGAGGGUAGACGAACAUGGCUUUGUUUCCAGAGAAUUCACACGCACCUACAUCCUUCCUCUCGGUGUUGACCCACUGCUGCUGCAAGUGUCUAUAUCUCAUGAUGGGAUUAUGUGCAUCCAGGCACCAAGGGAGGUACAGGAUUUAGAGCCAAAAAUCAACAAGCUCAAGAUUAGAGUGGACAAGAAGGGGGGUGAAAGCUGCUAAAGUGGACUCCCAACUUCAAAUCUUUUUUAUAUAAGGUUUUGAUAAACGCAAUGCAUCACAAUUGGAAAGUCAAUACAGAUUGAGUGGACAUGGUUUAUACUUGAGUUUUCAAAUGUAUUCUUUAAAAAAAUAAAUGCAAAAAUGUUCCAAAACAUUACAGAGCUCACGGGUUUGUACAUUUACAAUAUAUAGUAUAAAUCGAUUUAAUUAAAAUUCAUUUGCAAUAAGGUGAGUAAACCACUUUGCUCAGUCAUGCCAAAGAAUAGGGAUAGAACAUACAGGAUUUUUCAUGUACAGUGUUUGUUAUGUUGAGUCUGUACCUGAUUGUAUUGCAUUUUAAAUGAAAUAAUUGCUUUGGGUUUAAUACAAGGAUAUAUAUUUAUAUAGUCUUUUAUUUUAUACAAAGUCCUGAAUUUCACAGAACAAUAGCUAGAAAAUCAAAUCACAACUGUUAUUUUUCAUAAAUAAACCUGCCUGA